AUGCUCCUGUCGUCUGUGCUGAGGGAGGAGUUUCAACACUCACCGUAUGCCACAAACGCCUACCUGCUUCUGGGCCGCAAUGCACUCCGCGUUCUCUCAGGUCAGAUGCGCGUUACAAUGGACAUCCCCAAACAAGCAACAACAACUACCCCUCAUCCUCCUGCUGACCCAAGCGUUUCAACUGCACCAUCCACCACUAUCACAAACACCACAACUGCUACGACUGCAGCCACUGCUGCAUCUGACGCAAAGCUCUCCCGCCGUCUCGACCAACUGCGUCGCUCCGUUGCCUCUCAACACGGCGGGUUGUUCCCCCAUGCAGUGCUCUCCUCACACCACCUCUUCGCCUUGUCACAAUCGAAACCAGCAUCCAUGCAUCAGUUGGUGGAAAUUAUUGGGCAGAGACGAGCAGAUCAAUUUGGGGAUCAGAUCUUGGCAAUCAUUGCUGAGCACGUGGAAAGCACACGCCAGGCCAAAAGGGAUGAUGAUUCACUCCCUGGCAAUGACGUUGCUGAAGCUGAUGUAGCAAGGAAGCUAUCCGGGGUGGAACAUGAUGGAGCCACCACCCCGUCAUCAUCCUCCCGCUUCGUUUUCCCUAGUGCUUCUCUUCGCACCGUUGCGGCGGUUCCCGUAUCCGCGUUAAGAGCAGACCCGAAGGAUCACAGCAAGGCGCCGUCGUCAGUUUUCACCUCUCUUACUUCACAGUUUAUCGUAAAGCUACGCAACCACCACGGUCACCCGAAUCCCCUAAAAAUGGGGGGAAGUUUAUCCUCCAAUAGCAAGCAGGACCCGCUUCUCCCGUUCGCUGGUCCGUCCCCCCCAGGCAGCAGCUCCGGUGACAAUCCCGAGGCUGACGACCAGACCUCCGACCCAGCUUCGGCAGCCUCCGGACCAGCCCUCAGCGCGGAAGAAAAGCGUCGCCAGAAGCUUCGGGAUAAUAUGUUCAAAGGCGGCGAGUUGGGGAAGCGAGGGGAAGAAUACGUGGUGAUCCAGAUGCUACUAUUCGCAGGCAUCGUUUUCCCGCCGGAUUUCCUCUUCUCUUCCUUCCUCCCUCUCACGUUUUUCGAAUCGAGCGACGUUUGGUAUUUAAACUACGUUAUUGGAGCCGCGUUACUAGGUAUUGGCGGCUGGUUCUCUUCUAACGCAGUCAAGGAUCUCGGGACGAAUCUCUCUCCUUUCCCCAAGCCGCCGACGGAUUCGGAGCUGGAAACUGGGGGAACGUACGCGGUAGUGCGUCACCCGAUAUACAGUGGCGCGUUACUGGUCGCAUCAGGUUUAACCCUCCUUACAUGCAGCACAGGGCGGGGUAUUUUGACCGUUUUGCUGAUGGUUCUGUUUGACAAGAAGGCAGCAGUGGAAGAAGGAUUUCUGACUGAUAAGUAUGGCCGGAAGUAUGAGGAGUACAAGCAAAAGGUGAAGAAGCUUAUUCCAUAUAUUUAUUAG